AUGGCGACGGUGGCGGGAACUUCGGCUGUUUAUCGUGAUGUUCUGGGAACUGAUUUAUCAAAAUGUGUUGAGAAUUCGAAAGUCUUGGUGGUUGGAGCAGGUGGUAUCGGUUGCGAACUUCUGAAAAAUUUGGUUUUAACUGGCUUUAAAGAUAUAGAAGUGGUGAGUAUUCGAAAAGGCCGAUGUUAAUUUUACGUCAGUCGAUCAAGGAAGAUAAGUUUUGUAUAGCGUAAUUGGUUGUGCGCUAAAACAUGUGCUGUACGUCGCUUGAUUGAUUCCGGUAGUUAUUGUUUUAUUUCAACUAUGAAAAGAGAAUAUUUCAUCAAUCAUUGUGGAAAUCUGUUAGCUUUUUUAAAGCCACAUCAAGUUGUGAUUUAUCGAUAUCAACAUGCACAAUGAGCGGAAAUUGUAAUUUGAGAAUGCCAGAGUAGUAUGCAGGGUUUGCACAGUCACUGUGUCGUGGCGGUGAAAUCCAAAGCACAGAUACCUGGUGAAAGAUGCUCAAAACAGGUGUUUUUGUUAAUUUGCACAUGUAAGGAAGAGGGCAUUAAUUAAUGUAUGUGUAACGAAUAAACAAUUAACUGUAAUGAUCUUUAUUAUAGUUCCCCAACUACGAUCCCUAACACAAAGAAAACACAAUUCGCUUUUUGGGAUGAAGAGAAGUUUAUUAAGGAUACAAACAAAAAGUAAACAACAGUCAAGGAUAUGCCUAAUAAAACUGUCUGCCACCCUAUGACAUUAAAUAAAAUCACCCAGGGUGGGUGGGUAGGAAGAAGAAACGAAACAGUAUGAUACAAAACUCUGGUAUACACUCAAAGUAAAAACUGACUUGAAAUGAAACAUGAAACUCCUAUUACCUGAUACUGAAGGGUGUGUGUUGCACAAUUAAUCCCUUUGAACACAUGCUUGUCCAAAGGGGUACACCAUCAUGCACUAUUAUGCUCGUCUUUUAGUAUAUUCAAGCGUGUGAUCAAACCAUUUUUAAGGGUCAGACAGAAUGCAACCUAAAUACCUUAACACCUCAUAUCUAUAUUUUCCUCUAAACACACUUAUAUACUUAAAUAAACGACUUUUUUCUUUAUUUCUUAAAAUGCCGCCUAGUAUUUAAAUUGCCCGUAGGGGGAAAUCUCUAUUCCUCAUAAGCUCGGCUUCUUGGAGAUUUCCCCGCCACAGUCACUCCUCCCAAGUAAUGCACAAAUUUUAAAUUUAAUGUUAGUUAACCUAUUUAUUAUCGUUUUUAUUCUGCUUGUAAUUCAUUGUGUGUGGCAAAAUAAUAAAAUAAAAUAAAAAUAAAAAAUAAAAUAAAAUAAAAUUUUUCAUCAUUGUCAUCCUCCUCCUCCUCCUCAUCAUCAUCAGCAGCAGCUUUUUCAUUAUUUUUAGUAUUUAUGGACAUUCAGAUUGUCUGUAAAUACUUGUUGGUCUUAAUAUGUUAGAGUUUCCUUCGCAUUGACUAACCAGUAUUCUUAAGUCAAUUCCCUUUAUAGUGGGGUGUAUAUAUAAAUGCAAAAUUUGCAAUAAAUUUACUCUACAGUUAUAAGGAAAAAAUUGGGUGGACACUGUAGGAACCUUGAGUUAGUGUCCUCAUCAGUGAGAGUCCAUAAUAGCAGGAGUUUAUUUCAGUCAAACAUCUGUAAUUUAUUUUUGCCUGGGAUUUAGCUGCUGUCUGUAUUAUUGGGGUGUCUGCAAAGUGAGAGUUGAGGGUAUUAGUUUUUUAGUAAUAAUUUUUUGUAUUGUAUUUUUUCUCAGAUUGACUUGGAUACCAUCGAUGUUAGUAACUUAAAUCGCCAGUUCUUGUUUCAAAAAAGACAUGUUGGAAAAUCCAAAGCACAGGUACGUUUAGUGUAUUUAAUAAUUUUCGUGGAAAGAAACCUACUGGAUUUAUUUGAGAUGUAUGUGUAGGAAAGGAUUUUGAGUGUUCAUGGUGAAGAGUCUUAUUGUUUGUCUCAUGUUGCAGUGCCGGAUCCAGACCUUGCGAUAAGGGGGGGGGGGGGGGGUCGCCCCAAAAAAUUUUUUGAGCCCUUCAGGCCUCACUUUAGUCUAAAAAUAAGAAGGGGGGGAGGGGUGUCCGGCUUCCCCGGGUCCCUCCCCUGGAUCCGCCACUGUGUUGUGCCCCCUUGAGAUGUAGGUUGUGACAUGUCAGCUGCAUACUUUUGUUCAUUUUGAGGUGAUGAAGUUGACUGAUUGUGCAUUACCUAGUAAUAGUUGAACCACUAAGAAAACACAUUCUCUAUCUUGCCAAAAAAGCUGAUUGUCAUAAUACAAUACUGUUGUGUAAACAGUUGGCCUCAUCACCUGUAGAAGUCUGGUAGCUCUCUCCUCCGCAGAGGCUCCCUCUGGGUAUCCCUAUGAAAAUAGCAAUAAUGGGAAAAAUAGAAAGCGCUUGGGGGACGAUGGGAAUGCCCCGGUGCUCUCUUUUUCUAUCUCCCCAGCCUCCCCACAACACAAAGAGGCCUCUUCGGAAGAGAGAGGUCUGGUAGUAAGCAGUGAAAAAUUUAAGAUACAUACCUCUAGUAACUGCAUUAUAUUAUGUUUUCUUUUUUCUUGAUUGAGAUGGCUUUACUAACGUUGAAGCCUUUAAGUUGCGUAAAAGAUCAUUUUUUUUUUAACAUCGUAGGUUUCUCGUGAGAGUGCCCUGCGGUUCAAUCCUGAUGCAAAUAUCAAAGCCCAUCAUGAUAAUAUAAUGAGGUAUGAAACAUCUGAUGUUAAAAGUCAUUGUUAAGUACCCUAUCCACCAAGACUAUACAUGUACAUGUAAUCUCAGUCUUCAGCAGUGAGUCUCUUGAUGUACCUCCUAUUCUUCCCACCACACCUCUAGCUGGGUACACAUGUUAGGCUUCUCCUUGUUUUCAGCAUAUUAACAACAAUAUGUGAAAAUAAAAUAAAUAAACAAAUGAAUCCAAGCAAAUAAGCAAGCAAAUUCAAAAUUUUCCUCCACAAUCUUUGAUAUCCUGUUCAUGUUUAAUUGAACAACAUUCCCACUAAUGUUUAUGUGAGAUACAUAUGCCCCAUAAAUUUGAACGGUUCUUUUUUGAUUGGCCUAUUUCCAUAAUGGCACGUCUGUGCACCCAGCGUUGAGGUGCGGAGAAUUACAGGCUCACCAGCAAACCAAUGUCUGGGGACCAGUGAAUGAAUUUAUUGAUAUGUAGAAUGCAGAUGUAGAGUGGACUUGUUUACAUAUUUAUUUUCUAUUUUUGUUUUCAUAGCUCCGAGUAUGGACUGGAUUAUUUUAAGCAGUUUAAUGUGGUCAUGAAUGCUUUGGACAACAGAGGUGAGGUGUUUUCCUCAUUUUGUUCAUUGUUAAAAAGGAGAAGAAGAAAAAAUGCACUGUAAGGGCCAAUCCGCUUGUCCUUGGGACAAGCACUGUAUCUCUCAAAUUAAGCCUGCGUGGUCCUGUUGCGUCCUUACCUUGUUUAUGAAUAAAUUAAUAUUAGUAAGAAGAUUAUUUGCAUGGUUCGUUGCCCAUUAACAAGUGAGCAUAAAAGAGUACUUGUCCGGCAGGAAAAUCCAGGGUUCGUACAGAGUCUUGAAUUCUUGGAAAAGUCUGUAAAAUAGAAAUAAAGUCUGGAAAUUAGUAAAAAGUCUUGAGUUUUUUUUCAAAGCUACAGCAAGUGCUUUAUAAGUUGCAUUUUUUUCAUUGUGGUAAAUUUUUUUCAAUCUCCCCCAUACAUUUGUAGUGCAUCGUAAAAGAGCUUUGUUCCUGCACUUUUUAAGGUCUGUAUUGAUCACCUAUUUGAUAACCUCGAGUCUGGAGAAAGAAAUUAUUAUUGUUUUGGAAAAAAGUCUGGAAAACGUCUUGAAUUGUGGAUCCCAAAAUCUGUAAGAACCCUUAUAAUCUACAGUUUAUACACUGUACAUGUACAUGUAGUUGUUACAUGUCCUGGAUGACCAGACAGGACCUUGUUUGAGCCCUGACUGUAAUUAUGAAUAAUGUUUGAAGUACAUGUAAUCUUAAAGAAUAACACGAGUAUAUUGCUUUUUUAUGAUAUUUUAAAAAAAAUAAUAGCUGCAAGAAACCAUGUGAAUAGAAUGUGUCUGGCAGCUGAUGUGCCACUCGUGGAAAGCGGAACAGCUGGAUAUCUUGGCCAGGCAACUGUUAUUAAAAAGGUAUAAAAUGGUUAUGCCUUAUGUUUCCUUACACAGACUCAAAAGUUAGAACAAGUUUAGAAGGCAGAAUCAGGAGUAUCAUAACCAAUUCUGCCGAAGAGGUUUUAUUGUAAAAGUCACAUGACCUGGUUUCAUUCACAGACUGAAAAGUAACAAAAUAUGUGUAUAUUUAAUACCGUAAAAUUCCGAAAAUAAGCCCCUCCACGUAUAAGCCCCUCCAAAUAUAAGCUCCCCAAACCCGUAACGUGAAAACCCCUCCAUUAGAUCGCCCCUCCAAAUAUAAGCCCCCCGGGGGCUUGUAAUUGGAAUGUUGCCCUCGAAUACAAUGAAAAACAAAGCAAAAAAGAUAAUUAAAUUUACUUCCAACUAUAAGGCUAGUCCAAUCGAUUUUGAGACGCAAAUUUCCCUCCGUGGAUAAGCCCCUCCGAAUAUAAGCCCCUCCAAAAAUAAGCCCCUCAAAAAGGGCCUUUGAAAAAUAUAAGCCCUGGGGUUUAUUUUUGGAAUUUUACGGUAUUUUUUUAAAUUGGAGAGACAAGAGCUACUGAUUGGUACAAUGUACAUAUACUCAACCAAAAUAGUUAUCUGGACUUAAUUUUCAAAAAUCUAUGCAAGCAAGUGGAAUUUUACAGUGCUGUGGAAUGCGUUCACCUUGUUCCACUUUUAGGAUGAAAGUUUGAAAAUGAAAGUGGGAAUGGUCAUGAUACAGUGUACUUGUAUUUCGUUAAUUGAAAUGGGAUAGUCCUGGCAACUUUCCAAGCCAGACCUGUUCCAAAGAAAAACAGUUUUAACCCUCAAUUUAGGUGAACCUUGUUUCUGAAACAUUUCCAGUUAGAGCAAACCUACCCACACAGUUUUAGAUUACAAUUUAAAAGUUUUUGUUUACCUCAGGUACAUGUAUGAACACUUAACAAUACAACAUUAUUCUACAGGGAGUCACGGAGUGUUACGAGUGUCAGCCCAAACCAACACAGAAAACAUUUCCCGGCUGUACAAUCAGAAAUACUCCUUCUGAACCUAUUCAUUGUAUUGUCUGGGCUAAACAUCUUUUCAAGUAAGCCAGCUUCAAUUUUACAUUAAUUUGUUAUUGAUGUAGUACAGUCAAACAUUUUGAGCCCAAGAAACUGGACAGUAUGUGCCAUCUUGUGUGCACUUUAAUGGUUUAUUUUUUCACUUUCUUGGAAGAUCUUGUGUUUUAAGGUUAAAAUAUCACAAAUGUUUGUAAUAGUUAUUAUUAAACUUAAUAUUUUAACUUUUUAUUGGUAACAGAACUUUCUGUUAUUCAAUUCAGUCUGUAAUUGUAUGUUAAUCACUUUUACGGACAGAAUUGGACAGCUCUGCUCAGUCCUAUUGCCAUUAUGGUGGCUAUAGGAUUUUACUGAAACUUAAUUGGCAUGACAUAACAUUAAUUGCGGGCAACAAGAGCCCGCAAUCCUAAUCUCCAGGGCCCAGUUGUUCGAAGGCUGAUUAGCGCUUAACCUGGGGUUAAAGUUAACCCUGGUUUCUUUUUCUUGUGCUCAAAAGCAUUUUCUCGGAGAAUUUUAUCUGUUAUUUUUAGAGCUUCCAAUCGUCAACUUGUAAACAAAAAGAAUUAAAACUGAAAUGCUUUUUAAACUUUCAAAUCUGAAUUCAAAUCUCGCACUAACCCUGGGUUAUCUUAACCCAGCUUUGAACAACUCGGCCCAGGUUGCUAUUAUGCAUGCGUUGCAAGUAUGUAAUCAGCAUUGGUUUGGACUUCCACUAAGAGUGCAUGGAAUGCACAGAACGCAAUUUGAUCAUGCAUGCUGGGACCUUCUAUUACUCGUAAUCUGAUCAUGCGUGUGUUGACCAUCUGUCACGUGAAACUUACGCAAAGCACAGGGCUGGAGCAAAAGCGUGUUGACCUUCGAUCGUUGUCGCCCGCACUCUGUAACCUUUGGUUAUUACUAGUAAUAAUUAUGAUAUUUGCACAGUCAAUUGUUUGGUGAGGCAGAUGCUGAUGAAGAAGUGUCUCCUGACACUGAAGAUCCAGAGGCUGUAGGAGAGGCUGGAGAGAGGGCAGUAACUAGUAAAGAGAAGGAAAAUGCCACUGGAGGUAUAGACAGGGCGUCAACAAGAUCAUGGGCGGAAGAGAUAGGAUAUGACCCCGUCAGAUUGUUUAACAAAGUGAGUAGUAGAUUACAGCAUGCAAAGAAAGAUGUGUCUGAUUUAAGCCUGGGUCUAGGGGAUUCUGCAAUUGGGCUAGUGAAUUCUGUUCUCAUCUUGCUAGACAGGCAGGUGUAGUUUUCGGAGAAUUUAUAAUUACAAAAGUACAUUUUUAAAGCAAUUGUAACACUUAUACUGUAGGACAAGUUGUUGAUGUUCGUAAUAAAUUCAUUUGGACUGAAAUGUGUUUUUCAAGCUGAUCUGAUAAAGUGAAAUAUUUUAUUAUUACACUUAUUAUAGCAGUGAAUUAAUAAGGCAAGUUGCAUGUACUAAUUAACUUACGGAGUACUUACAUGUAAUUAAUAAAUAAUACAUGUCAUUAUUAUUUUUUCUUCUAUAGUUGUUUAAUGAAGACAUAAAGUAUCUUUUAUCCAUGGACAAAUUAUGGAGGAAGAGAAAACCUCCUGUUCCUUUAGACUGGGAAAAUAUUCAGACAGGUGAGGUCUACUACGUGGCCACUUAACUCUUCAAGCCACGAUAUUGACAUACAAAUUCUCCUGACUGAUCUCCAUACAUUUCCUUAAAGAAUAAGUUGAGAGAAUUUGAUAUUAUAGAUCAAAGCAUUUUCCCUUAGAUGAUCAUUUUAUUCAUUCUCAUAACCUUCUCUUUUGACUGCUUAUUGAUAACUGUUAAGAGAAAAUUGAUGUUGGUCACUCUUGGGCCUUAAAAAGGGUUAAGAUGAAGUAACAAAAUGUUUCAUCUUUGAUCAUUUCACCUGGCGAGCAGAGCCUUUCUUUCACUUGCUCGAUUCGAGUAAGAUCUUUGUUGAGCAUAUGCUGCAUGUUGCUAGGAUACAGUUUCAAACCCAGGCUUAAUGGCCAUGUGCUUGGUACAGCGGGCUCAGUUAUGACUGUCAGUUUGUCAGUAAAAGUAUUCUUGCAUUUAGAGAACUGGUGUGAAGAUGGAGAAGAAUAUGACUAGUUCAGAAGUUCGGACUUAAGCAACUUACUCAAGAACACAGAAGGAGGCUUUGCUCACGGGGUGUGACCAUUAUACAGUUUGCUUCAGCUUUAAAAGUGAGCUGUAGCCAUGAAAACACUUGUUUUAGGACAAAGUUUACUAUUUGCUUUAAAAUGGAGUUGGUGAUGGUAAAGGUAUGAACACUCUGAACUAACUGAUAUCUUAGAAGAUUAAACCUGGAAUUGUUUCAUGAAUAAUGAUUAUUUUGUUCUGCAGAAUGCAAUAACGAGGAAAAAGACUCUGACAAUGGGCUUCAAGACCAAAGAGUUUGGAGUCCCGAGGAGUGUGCUAGCAUAUUUAGACAGAGGUUGGUAUUGUUUUUAUACCACUUAAGUUCCAGUUUUGUUUUGAGCACACUUACAAUACAAUAUUGUUAUUUUAGUUGCACUGUUUGUUAUAGAAUAAUGAAAUUUUUGGUUUUGUUUUAGUGUGGAUACUUUAAAACAACAGUUACUUACAAGAGGAGAAGACCUUGUGUGGGAUAAGGUCAGUGUUUAGUGAACUAAGUUAGUUGCAUGAUGAUUGAUGAUUUUUUAUUGCAAAGUCAGGUCACAGAAUAUCAUCGAUUAGGUGCAGGUACACCCAGGUUAAUAAUCGUUACAAGGAGGGCUGAGAUGCUUCCAGUACACGACUAAAUGUUUUAUAACAAUGUCUUCAAUCUAAAAAAUGUUCUAUAAUGUUACAAGAGUAUUAAUUUUAGCUGCUAGUUUACAGAUACUCCACUCAAAUUAUAAACAAUGUUUAGAUAAGGUUUUUUUGACUGUAGAGAGAUCUAGUCACGUUUACAGCAAACAGCAAAAUUCAAAUUCAAGUUAAUGAUUUCUCAAAAUGGAAUAUUAACAGAUAAAAACUGUGCAAACUAUUUUGAUGUAUAAAAUUGGUGUGAAACUACAAUGUUUUUAUAGAUAUCUUGCACAGUAAAUGACAGGUGAAGGAAAAAGUUGAUCACAAAUGGUGCAAAUCGGCAUUUGGUUAAUUUGCUGUUUACCAUAAUAGUGAUUUAAUACAUCUCUCUAAUAACUCACCAAAAUGAACAGAAUUGUGUCUGGGGGUUACAUGUAUGUCAGACUUUCACAGUCUUCCAAGUUCACUUUUCUGUAUGUACUAGACUCUUUUUUUCACUAGUGAGAAGAGAUUGGUGUCUUUUAACCAUUGUUUUUGUUUUUAUGCAUAGGAUGACCCAGCAUCAAUGGACUUUGUCACAAGUGCAGCAAAUAUCCGGGCACACAUUUUUAGCAUUCCUAUCAGGAGUCGCUUUGAUGUCAAAGGUUUGGAAAGAAAAAUCCAUAUUAUUCUUCAGUUGACUAAGAACUAACAAUAUCUUUCAAAAAAACCUUUCAUUAUUAUUUUCAAAAAAUUAUUGUUUUUGUCUAUGCAAACAAGAACAUUAAAAUUUUUUUCAUAAUGUUAUUACGACAUGUAUAUGUUACAGGACGCUGGUCAAAAUCAUAUUCAGGUUAAAAUUGUUUAAUCUAGGUUGAUUCUCAACUUCCUUUGUCUGCUGCCCUAAUUCAUGAGAAUAUCAAAAUUAAAUGAUGUUAUCCUUCUCCAGUUAAAAUUGCAGUGUGAAAUUUUUCAUCACAGAAUAAACAUUUGAAAAAAUACAUGGACAGCUGUUGUCCCUGUCUGUGGAUGCAUUUAUUUAUUUAUGAGUGUGGAUAACUCAUGUAGGAGUGACUUUGAUCUCUGUGUGUCUGACCUCUUCCCCUUUAUGAUUUGGGACUUGAGCAAGUAAACAGCUGGCCUCGGUUGGUCAAAGGCUGGUAGUGCUAUCCACUGCAUAAAUCUCUAAUUAUUUGUUUGCCAAUACUGUCUUAUCUGCUGGAUGGUGAUUUAUUCAGUGGAUAGCGCUAUCCAAUGUUUGAACAACCGUGGCCAGUAUGUAUGUUUUUGUAGUUUUGACAUUCCAUAAUUUUUAUGAUUUUCUUACUUUGUAUAUCUGAGUGUAUUUGGCACAUGGACUGAUAUAUUUCUUGUUUUUUCUUUAGCCAUGGCAGGGAAUAUUAUACCAGCAAUUGCCACAACAAAUGCCAUUAUUUCAGGUGUGAUUGUGAUGCAGGCUCUAAACAUUCUAAGUGGAAAGCUGGACAAAUGUAAAACAGUAAGUGUUGAAAUCAAAUUAGCCCACUCUAAUAGACUCAUUUUUAGUACUUUUAAGGACUUAAAGUAAAAUUAAGCUGAAAUUUUCUGGCUCCAGAAAAUUCCCAGGAAAAGAAGUAAAGCAAUAAUAAUUAAAAAAAAUGAAGGAAAAAAUAACAGCCACCUUUUUUAGAGAAAGAAAGCUGACUUCUUGUUUACUGCAACUAAUCCAGCCUGUAUUAUGCUAUUGCCAACUAACUCAUUUUGUUUUACACUAUUGGCUAUGGAAUUUGAUGCAAUCAUUCCAGCUGGUAAAGGGAGUUUCCAACUUACAAAUCAUACUUUUUGCCAAUGUGCCCAAAAAUAUUAGUUUACAAAAACUGCAAUCUUCACUCAACGUAUUAUUAUCUUGAGAUUUUCCUCUAGUUCUUGAAUGAGUGUCCACAUACCCCUUAUACUACACUGUAUACUAAACUGUCAAGUGGAUUUGAAAGCAGUAUUAUGUUUUCUGUGCUAUCUAUAGAAGCAAACACACAUUUACUAAAAAUAAAACAAUGUGAAAAAUCUUGAUUUUCCAGUAAACUGUCCAUUGUUAUCCACUGUUGUUGCAGAUUUAUCUUAAUCGUCAGCCUAACCCAAGAAAGAAGCUGCUUGUUCCUUGUUGUUUGGUUCCUCCAAAUCCCAAGUGUUAUGUUUGUGCUGCAAAACCAGAGGUGAGGAUGUUAAAAAGGAUGUAACAGUUUAAUCAUGGUUUGCACGGGUCAGGAGAUGUUCAGGGAAAAGUCAGGGAACUUCAAGUGCUCUGAAUCAGGGAAAAUUUCAUCUUUGAAAGAAGUCAGAGAAAAGGGAAGUUUUAAGACUACAUAUGUAUUCUUUUCCCUCUACUUAAGAUUGUUGUUUUCUAACAUUUUAAAGUCUUUUGUACAUUUUACGGACAUGAAUCAUGUUGUAUUGGAAGGUUAUUGUUCAUUAGAUUGAAUGAAAAGUUAUGUUAAGGAGUUAUGUAAAGGGAAAUUUUACAUUUGACAGGAAAAAGUUAGGGAAUUUCAAAAUCCUCUGGCUGUAGCAACCAUGUUAAUCUCAGAAAAUUACAAACACUGGAGGUAGCCCCGAAAAGUGUCAGCUUUUGAAUGAAUGGCUAAACUUGGACAUGUUGUCCUUGGAUUCAGUUAGCGUCAGAACCACAUUUUAUGAGGAGAUUAAGAUGCCUAAUUUACUUCAGACACUGCUCUUCAAACUUUGAGAAUUGAUUAAGGCAUUUUUUUUCUUUUCAGGUGAAUGUUUUCUUAAACACUAAAACCCUUACAAUCAAAACUUUAGAAGAGAAGGUGAGUUUAUCUUGUAGUGUGCUAAAUGUAUAAUUUAUGCAGGGCCAUGUUUUAUUUCAAAAUGGAGAAUAGAAUUUAUAAAAUAAUGAUUUUUUUAAAAAUAACUAUGACAUCAGCUUUGUGGAGUAUCAUCUUUUUCUCCAUAGGUUUCUACUUUAGGUAGCACUUCUCAAAAAAAAUAAAUGGGCAUAUUCUAAGUGUUUUGUAAUUUGAACUUUUGCACAUUGUAGUUGGCAGUCUUGUUUAAAUUAUGUCUAAAUGUACUGGAAAAGAGUUUUGAAGACUGCUGUUUCUUAUAGACAUUUAUGACACUUUCAGUAUCAUUUUUUUGUUAUGAUUAAUAUACUCACUAUCUGUCUUCUCAUUGGCUCAGAGCCUACAGUUCAACCUAAAGAUUAGUUACUGUAGAUAUGGCUAUCUGCCAGCAGAUAACUGUCCUAAUUGUUAGGGUGUACCUGUCAGUCUUGACUUACAACACUGACCUCAAGCUUGAUUACUCCUGAUAUCACAAAACCCUCCUCCAACAUUUACAUUGUUUGAUAACUGAUUUUACAUCAGUAAUAAAUUAUUUCUUGGCUGUGUUGUUUCUAUAGAUACUUAAGGAAAGGUUUGGUAUGGUGGCACCUGAUGUUGAAAUAGAUGAUGGCAAAGGUUGGUACACUCACUCUUGUUGUAGGUUUGUAGGUGUACCAUAAGCACUUUAUGACUGGACACAGGAAAAUAGUGAGUUUUAUUUCUCCCAAGACCCUCAUUGUUUAGACUGUGAGCAGACUCUCUUUUUCAUCAGAUUUAGUGAGGGGAGUGCACGUGCAUGCAAGAAUUGAGCAGUAAAGCCGCGAGACGCGAAAAAUGAGGCGGCCAGUCUUGCGCCUUCAGUCAUGGGUGUGGUCGUUUGCAUGUCUCGUGCAUUUUGCUUGAUGGACUAAGAAAAAAGAGAGACUGCUUGUAGUCUACUCAUUGUUCCCCAAAGUUAAGUGAGGCCAACAGGAACAUGGUGGUCAUUAUUAUCAGUCCGACAACUUCAUUUGAGGCAAACAGAAGAGGAGGCAGUCUCUCUCUUGUUCCCCUUUUGAUUUGUCCGCUCUCUCCAGUCCUGCUAAGCCUUGACUGGACUGACUGAAAAGGGAAUUCCUGCAGAGAGUAUGACGCUGAGAGAUCUUCCUAUAUGCAUGAAUGUCUGGCAUUGUUGUCCUUGCCAAUUAUUUUGCAAUGGCUUAUUGUGUUUGUGGACCAAGAGUGGAUCACUAGUCUGUGAGCUUCCUGCGGUAGUUACUGGCCAUGUAUUGACUAAACCAAGCUGUUUCUGUCCUUAGGCAGUAUACUGAUAUCUAGUGAAGAGGGGGAAACAGAAGGUAGCUGUACCGUACAUUAUUAUGAUUAAUGUCAUUAAGAAAAUUCUCAAAUCUGAUUGGUUUUCAACAGCCCAUAUUUAUUGCUCAAUUUGGCUAAUGCAGCACCAGAACUGUCCUAUUUGACCUGCUCAAUUAAAAGCUGCUUGUUAUCGGACAGGUCAAAUCAGACAGUUGAACAGCUAAUGAAAAUCGAGCAUCAAGUAAUUCUAGCCAGUGAGGUUUAACAAAUAAUUAGUCCAUGCUAGCAAACCAGAACCAAGAAACAAAACUUCAGUAAGUUAGUUUUCCAGCUUCAGUUCGAUGCAGUAGUAAGUCGUAAGCCCUGUUUUUGAUCUGGAAGCUGUAAGUUGAUGCACAGUGUAAUAGGAACUUUGCACUUUAAUAUAAUAUUCGAAUCCUAAAAUUCUCGCGUUUUGUUAUUGACACAAUUAAUUGGUAAUAGGAUUUUGUGUUUUACAAUUCAGGGCAAUGGGGUUUAUAAUUUCAAACCAUCCAUGUGCUACGCACUUGACCAAUUCUGAAUUACUCGCCCGAUGACUUCCUGAAUUGUAUUUUACGCAGUCCUGUAGUCAUUACAUAUUGUCCACAUUCAUCAGUGAUCAAUUGAUCCAACUGGAAUGUUAGUUACUUAUUCCUCCAUCCCAUUCUCAAACGCAUCCUCUGUCUGGUUGACUGAAGCUUUGAAAUUGUUUGUAAACUGUUUUAAAUGCCGGUGAACAGAGAAGGGUAUCUAGUCUUGAAAUGGUACUGCUUUUUGUCAUUCAUAUUACAUGUACAUGUAUUUCUUGAUUAAGUAAUGAUCUAGGUAAGACGGGAAGCAAUUUCUUUUAUUAUGGUGUAACACGCUUUCCUCACAGAGGAAUGUUUCAUUUUCACUUAUAGAAUGCAUAAACCUGCAAAAAGGCAGUUUGUGUUAACGGAUUCAACCAAUCACAAGAGUUGCCACAAAUAGCCAAGAAAAGUUUACAGUUUUACAUGUUCCUCACAUAUGGUUUCUGUGUUACCUACGAGAGUUUGUUAUGAGAAAGCCUUUUAGAAAACAAAGGAUUUACAAACAUGCUGCUUUGCGAAGAUUUCGUAAAAUUUGCUGUUUUUAGAAAUAUAGUAGAGGCAGUAGUAAAGUUAGCGCCUUUCUGCAUUCCCACGUGUUCAUUGUGUUUGGUUCUUUCCGUCUUAUCUGGACCGUUACUUAAUUGAAAAAGAAAAAUUGAAAGGAGUUUGUUGCAAUUUGAUUAUUCUACAUAUCCUUCCCUUAUUAUGUCAAAUCUUCUCUCUCAAUUUCGUCAGAUUUCCACCCCCCUGGCAGGCCAAAGUUAACUGCAAGUUUCAGUUUGAUUGACUAAUUGCUUAAGUUUGAAUUGCUUCAGCGAGAUUUUUACUUCCUUAUUUGCAGAAAACUUACCGAAGACGCUAAGCGAAUUCAUUAUGGGAAACAGCGCAAGGCUGAAAGCUGACGAUUUCCUUCAAAACUACCAACUCGUUCUUAACGUUAAACACAAGUAGGUUGACAACAAAGCAGGAUUUUGUUUUUAGCAGUAUUAACUCUUGUUAGCUGGAUGAAGGCUCAGUUGCCGACAUGAAUAGCCCGGAACGUAAGAACCCUUAACUGUAAGAACCCCUGAAGGUAAGAAACCCUAAUUGAAAAACCGCUGAAUAUAAAAACCCCUGAAUGCAAGAGCCUUGGAUGUAAGACCCCGGAUGUAAGAACCCGUGGAUCUGAGACUCCUGAACUUCAGACCUCUGGAUGUAAGACCCCUGGUUGUAAGACCCCUAAACAUAAGACUUCUAGACGUAAGACCCUGAAUGUAAAACUCCCGGAUGUAAGACUCCUGAAUGUAAGACCCCUGGAUGUAACACCCGUUUAUGUCAGACCUCUGGAUGUAAGAUUCCUUGAUGUAAGACUCCUGAAUGUAAGACCCUGCAUAUAAAACCCCUAGAUGUAAGACCCCGGAAUGUAAGACCGCUAAAUGUCGGACCCCUGAUCAUAAGAUUCCUCUGUAAAUACGUGUAUUUCCUUUGAUAUUCAUACCUUCUUUUAACGUCUUGGGCGAUUAUUUUUUUGGUUUCUGGCAAUUUGAUGGCAGUUCUCACUGCUGAAUUUCGAUAAAUUUUGUGACACGGCACUUUAUGUGAAAGUACGCUUUUAACAAAGGCGCCUGUUAUAUUGCAGAGAGAAUUUAGAAAACGAUACAGAAUUUGAAGUGGAAGGAGAUAUACCCGCCCCUGGACCACAGACCCCUGAACCCGGCCCAUCAACGCGGGCGGAUGAAAAAGCUGAAAGCGGUGAGCUCUGUUUUUUUUUUUUUGAUCUGGUUCAGUUGCAUUGUCGGAAUAAUAAAAACGAUGUGACUUGUGUGUUACCGCCGUUCGGAAGAAAAGCAUCGCCUCGCAUGUGUGUUUCUUUAUAUUUUGACACAUUUCUUGUGCGCUUUCUGUAAUUGAUCCACGGGUACCCCAAGGUCGAGCUUGAGAAUCGCUGUUGCAUAACUGAUCUUAAGUUAUAAGAGUAUUUAUGGGAUCGAAAACUAGUAGUCAAUGUAAGUAAUCAAAUUGCAACUGAAUACCUUAUCUCAUCCAUGCGUUUUAUUUACUGCGUGUUCUUGGCAUUUUCAGCCGUUUUAGACGAAUUCCAACGACUUUUUAGUGGUGUCCUUCGUUAUUUAGACCCUUUAUGAUUUCUGAUCAAUUUUACAACAUUAGCUCUACUGAGAAUAAAGAUGAUAUGAACAGGUACCCAUAGCACAUUUUUGAGAAGCCUGCGGUUUUGUGCGCAAACGUGCGGCGAAGCCGCGAGGACCAUGAGUCGCUCGUUCUGGCACUUCGCGCACAUUUUCGCAGCUUUUAUUUUUCCCUCUGGCCAAACAGCUACGCAUUCUAGCUCGUGAGCUACGUUUACCUGUUAUUUAACGCGAGAAAAUCAACCCACUUGAUAGCUUUGCCACAAAUUUAGGCUUUUGAGCAAAACUGAGGUGUAGAUAAUCGAUCGGAAGGCUAAAACAGAGGGAGUCAGCACUCGAACGAGUUUACUCUGUCUCGGAGCCUGGUAACCCUGUGCGCAAUUUCGCUCCUGACUUUUGCGCAGUCAUUGAUGCCUUAAAAAUGUAUCUGUAAGCUCGGUUAUCUAUUUGGUUUAGCGGUUACAUGUGAGCUUGCCCGGGGGUUAAUUGGCGAGAGAGGAAAUUCUUCCGUUUAAAUUAAACAUCCUUAUUCAAUCGAGUCGUGUUUAACCCCAAGAACCUGAUGGCCGGGAUUGAUAUGAUAAAAUUCCUAUCUUGGAAUGGUUGUGAUUGACGGAUGUCCGAAAGGCCAUGUCACACUAUACGGGACUGCUCUUGUACCGGCACCAAAACCACACCGAUUAAGGCCUCUUUUCACACAUAAGAACCGUGAUUUCCACACGAUUUCUAUAAAGGAGCGAAACUGCUCCGCGCCGACCUCGCAAGUGGGACGUCACAUAUCGGAUAGGUUCGGUGACACUCUUUGGUGCAGCGUGGUAUUCGGACAAUAGCCGAAGUGAAUAAGUAGGAGCGAGAAAUGGAAUCCACUGAGAAGGAAGUAAAUAUUCAGGAGUGAAGACUAGGAUUUAGUUCACCAAACCCUCUCGUACAAUCCCUCCGGCACAAUGUUCGAUGUGUCUGAACAAUUUGCUCUAGUUCUGUAUUUUUGCUGUUCACCCUAUACUGGAUACUUUUUCGUGUCGGUACGAAAAGCUUAUUCACGUUCAGGGUUUGCGCCGGUUGACUUAAAUUUCAUAAAUCCAAUAGGUGAAAAUGACGAAGUUAUGGUGGUGGAUGAACCCGUUCCAUCCCGCAAGAGGAAAGCAGAUGAAACGGAACAAUCAGAACCGGCCGAAGAACAACAAGAUUUAAAAAGCGUAAAACGAGCGAAGGUAUCAAAUGCUGCUGAAGAUGGUGGCGAAGACAUCAUUGUUCUCUGAACGAGGGUUUCGCGUAGUUACCUCAUAUAACUGCGUGUGAAGAACUGCUUAGAGCAGCUACGGAAUGCAGGGCCAAAUUGUAAGUACUUAAACGGAACUGGCUCGGUGGCUCGCUAGGCGUGAGAAAGAAAAGAGAAACGAGAAAUAUAAAUAUUUGACUUUAUAAAGUGUUAGCAAUUAGGAUCAUAAGUAUAAAUUUUAAAGAACAAGCGAAAGUAUAUUUUUUAGUAGACAGCGAGCAGUCUCUCUUUCUUCAGAUUUAGUAAGGGAAGCGAGCGUCGAUCGGCAAAGCCGCGAGACGCAAGAAAAGCGCGUGGUCAUUUUCGAGUCUCGCACGUUUCGCUUGAAGGACUGAGAAAAAAGGGAGACCGCUCGUAGUCUAAUAUUUUAGUAGCUCGACGGCUCGGUGGUUCUUCAGUUGGGAGUGCCGAGCUACCGAGCCACUUGAAUGAUAAGGUCUUUUUGGCUCUGACGAACACCGAGCCACUCGAAAAGUUGCCUUGUAUUUUGUAGUUGCGGUAACUGAUUAUAGCCUUGUAGGGAGUGAUAAACGCAGGGACUCCUCUUGAAAACAUUGCCUUUUCAUAGAAACAAAUUUAUAAGGAAGGAAGAAGACUAAUACAGUAAGAGUUUGGUUAUGCAGUUAGUGAUAUUGUUCGAACACAGGUGGCCCAAGCGUAAUAUGGGCCUAUGGUGGCGUAAUAUGAGAGUUGUACGGGAAAAAUAGAGUUUGAAAGUGCGAUAAAAGUUAUCAAUAAAGUGUGAAUAUUGUUACCUGGAG